AUGAAGUCUUUUCUUCUAACCCCUUUUGCUCUCACCUUUAUUGUUCUAUCCAUAUCUCCAUCAUGGGUAGUUUUUUCCACUAAAAAACAUGAAAAUUUUGUCCAAUGUCUUCUCAAUAAUUCUCUAAGCACUUAUCCCAUUUCUAAUCUAAUUUACACUCCCAUCAACUCCUCCUAUUCAUCAAUCUUGAACUUCUCCAUUCAAAAUCUCAGAUUCUCAUCAAAAGAAACCCCAAAGCCACUAGCCAUCAUCACUCCCUCACAUGUUUCACACAUUCAAGCAGCCAUCAUCUGCUCCAAAUCCCAUGCCCUUCAAAUCCGAACUCGUAGUGGCGGUCAUGACUUCGAGGGUCUUUCUUACAUAUCCGACGUUCCGUUUGUCGUCGUCGACCUAAUAAAUCUCAAGUCCAUCGCAAUUGACGUCGAAAACGAAACUGCAUGGGUUCAAUCCGGGGCAACUCUAGGUGAACUCUAUUACAGAAUUGCUGAGAAAAGUCGAACACUUGCUUUCCCAGCUGGCUCUUGCCCGACGGUGGGCGUCGGCGGGCAUUUGAGUGGUGGUGGAUUUGGAUGGUUGAUGAGGAAAUAUGGUCUUGCUGCUGAUAAUGUAAUUGAUGCUUCUUUUAUUGAUGCUAAUGGAAAGGUUUAUGAUAGAGAGUCGAUGGGGGAGGAUUUGUUUUGGGCCAUUAGAGGCGGCGGCGGAGGGAGCUUUGGAAUUGUGGUGGCAUGGAAGGUGAAGCUUGUUCGAGUUCCGGCGACGGUGACCAUAUGCGGAAUUAACAGAAAUUUGGAGGAAGAAGAUACAAUCAAGCUGAUCCAUCGAUGGCAAUAUGUGACUAACAAAUUGGAUGAAAAUCUUUUACUUGGCAUUAGUCUGAUUGGUGGGAAUUCAACUCAAGAAGGAGGCAAAACAAACCCAAUGGCUCUAUUUUCCUCUUUCUUUUUAGGAAAGGUAAAUGAGCUUGUGACAAUUUUGAACACUAAUUUCUCAGAGUUGGGUUUGGCAAAGGAAGAUUGUUCAGAAAUGAGCUGGAUCAAAUCAGUUCUCAUAAUGGCUGGCUUUCCAAAACAAGAAGCCCUUGAAGUUCUACUAAAUAGAGCACCUCCCUCUGGUCUAAGCACCAAAAUCAAAUCAGACUAUGUCAAGGAACCAAUUUCUAAGGCUUCAUUCAAGACCAUGUUCAAAAGAUUAAAAGCUGAAGAUAUAGAAGUGGCACAAAUUAUGUUUAUUCCUUAUGGAGGGAGAAUGAGUGAGAUUUCUGAGUCCCUAACUCCUUUCCCACAUAGAGCCGGAAAUAUAUACAAACUUGGUUACUAUGUCAAGUGGAAAGAACAAAGCAUUGAUGCUGAGAAAAGACACCUAAAUUGGGUACGGGUCAUUUAUGAUUAUAUGACUCCUUUUGUCUCGAAAUCGCCGAGGGCAGCAUAUAACAAUUAUAGAGAUCUUGACAUUGGAACAAACAACAAGUGUGGAAAAACAAGCUAUAAUCGUGCAAGAGUUUGGGGGCUCAAGUAUUUUGGAAAGAAUUUUGAUAGGUUAGUGCAUGUUAAAACUAAGAUUGAUCCCACAAAUUUCUUUAGAAAUGAGCAAAGCAUACCCACCUUAACCGACAUAAAAUAUAGUACAAUUUGAUAAUGUAAACUAUAUAAUUAAGACGAAAAAAAUGAGUAUUGCUCAACAAUAAUUGACAUGUACUUUUUAGAUC